AUGUUCUCCGUCAUGCAACAGCUUGCUUCGCUCCAAAGCGAUGAGUCCAAGUCAGUCACUGACAUCAGGACAAACCUGAACAUUGACUUUGCCGAGAAUGACCGCCUCGCGCAAGAGCGCAUGGCGUCGCCGACGGGGCCCGCGUCGGCCUCCUCAGGGCAGCCGACAGGCGCUCAGUCACCGAUCGCGCACGAGGCAGCCGCCCCUGUGGCCGAGGUGGCAGCCCCUGCGGCAGAGGCAGCCACCGCCCCUGCCGCCGAGGACCCGCCCCCCAACAUGGAGCCCCACCCGCCCCUGGAUCUCUUGCUCAGAAGCGGCACCCCGCUGACCACGUGCCAGUGGGCUGGCCGUGGGAAGGCGUUCCCCAACUUCAGACGGCUUGUGAACCACAUCAAGAAGGCCCACUUCGUCACCGAUGACCGGAUCAAGGACCAAUGGGUACACGAGGAGGCCUGGCGCGAGCGCACCCCAACGACCAUCACCGAGGUUGAGCUGGACCACGCCGCCCUGGUGUGGACUGCAGGCGGGGAGGUGGACGAGGCCGACGACGCGAAGGCGUGGAAUGCGAACUGGGACGCCACGCUGCGGGCGCACACCAGCAAGAGGGCCAACAAGGCCAGGCUUCUCGGCUUGAAGGAGCAUACUGUUGGACAAAAGGCGCACUGCAGAGCGCGCCUGCAGCUCACCCGCGCCAUCCUCGACGUGGACUUCGGCCAGGACGUCGCACAGCCCGAGGAGCGCGCCCAGGCCAGAGCUAUCUUCACGCACCCCAAGCCCAAGAACGCGCCCAAGCCAGCGGCGCCGCCCGCCGCGGAGGACCCAGUCGCAAUGGAAGACAGUUUGGCGAUGCGGCAGAUCAAGUCGGCUGGGCCCUACGGCGACACUGGCGAUCAAGACAUCUACAUUGUCCCGCGGCAACGCGGCACCACCGCCGUCGGGCUCGACGCGGUGUCCGUCGCGGCCAUGGGCAACCUGGCAGCGGCGAUGAGGGAGCGCCCAGGAAGCAGAGUCGCCGCGGCACACACGGAUGCCACUGGGGCCACGCCUCCCUCUCCACUGGCGAAGGUCACGCCCAGCCCAGACGCCGCAAAGUGGGAGCCCACGCGGGACGAUGCCUAUCGCCACGCGUGGCCGCUGCCCCAAAAGCCGCUCGAGCUGCCCCACUGCGACGCCUACAUCAAGGACACCAGAGGCUUCGAGCUCGUGACGGCCGACGCCCACGUGCAACGGAUGCAGCAGUUGCUCUCGAUCUUCAGCUUCCCGCUGGAAGCGGGCCCGUUCGGGGCCCCCGCGGCCGUCUUCAAGAGCAACCUGGGGCAGGGCGCUGUCAAGCAGCGAAAAGAUAUCGGGAACCUCUGGAAAUCCCACUUCGCCCCCCUGAAGGCCCGCCCCCAGAGAGACAGCGAGGCCAGCGGCGCUCGCAAGCACGACUUCGGCGAGGGUCGCACGGAGAUGUUCCUAACCGCGGAGGUGGGCCAGGCGGCGGCGUCGUCUUCCAUGAUCGACCUGCACACCAUCUGGCAGCAGGCCAAGGAAGGCGGCGGGCUCGCCCCAAUCGCGGCCCAGCGCGCCGCGAACAUCAUCACGAUGGGCAUCACACACUGCAACAGCUUCGGUGGGCGACCAGGCGAAUUGGAGAAGCUGAAGCGCAAGCAGCUGCUGCGGAGGCACGGGUGGGUGCAUCUGACGGGGCACGCGCGCCCUGGCCCCAACCCACGUCGAAAGUUCCUCGCCGCGGAGGCCGGCGACGAAGACAACCUCGAGAAGGCCCAGGCGCUGGUCGCCGAGGUGAGCGCCCACCGCCAUCCGACGGCCAAGCGCCACCACAAAGUGCAAAGGCCUGGGAAGCUCGCCACGAAGAGCGCGGCGACGUUCAAGGGUCACAGGGGGGACCCCCUUCCCUGA